AUGACUACCCUUUUUCAAAAAGAAAAAACAAACCACACCAACAAUUUUUUUUUGUUUUUUGUUUCAUCCAUUUAUAUUGUUCUUUGUCAUUUUCCACUAGUCGAUUAUCAACUUUCAGUUAUGACGGAGGUAUCCAAUACUGCUUUGCUUGUUCUAUUGAUUCUUGUUUUAGUAUUCGUUGUAAUCUUAGUUUUUAUCUUUGUAUUGUGUUUGCCUUGGUGUUGUCCAUUUUUCUUUAUUGGUUGUACCAGAAGAAGACGCUUGCGUGUUGCUAUUAAUGAGUUUUUAGAAGAACAAUUGGAUGAAAAUAAAGAAGCAAUACAUCAAAUCAAUGAUUUGGAGAAUCAAGUUGAUAACCAAGAUCCACAAAAUAAUGCUGAUGCUGCAUCCAAUGUUGCAUUGAAUAGUUUUCCUAUGAAUUCAACCCACUCUACUAGAUUACAACCCCCCGUUUCAGAUAUCACAGUUGCAGCUGCUGGUCCAAUCCCGGAAAUGCAUACGCCUGAUCCUAUUGCAGCAACAGCUGCUAGUGAGGGAGCAAGUCAAUCUGUCAUUAACGAUACUCGUGAUCUGGAUUUCAAAAGUGUAUUGGAAGAGUAUUUGGCAGAAGAUACUGUUGGUGAACCGGUAAUUCAAACUAUUGUCGCUAAUCCAAUUGAUCAAAAUACGGAUUUGGUAAGUGGAUACGAUACGUAUUCACGCACUGUUUUAUUGCAACUCGUCACUGAAGCUUGUAGAAAACCAAACGAACAAAUAAUUAGACUGGUUACUGAUCCAUUCCUGGAGAAGCUUAUUAGAAUUGGUGAAAAAGUUGUGGUUGUUAAACCGUUUAUUGGCAAAAAUGAUCGUGAAUUUGGUUCAUUACAAACUGGUGAUUUGUUAAGAAUUAUAAAAUUCAGCAUUGCUGACGUAGCUGACUCUGAUGCAACCGGAUCUAUUAAGUCUAUUCAUAUUGGGUCUGCUAAAACCAAAUGUAAACCAAAUGAAAUUAAAAUUGAUACAGGGGAUCAAAGUGAAUACCAGACAGAAGAAAUAACCGUACAUAGAUCCGAUCCUAACCACGAAAAAAUCAUUUGUACCGGAAUAUUGCUUGACACUUACUUGGAUUUCAAUAGCCAUAAUAAUGAGUUGAAAUUAAAAGUCAAAGAAGACCAGGAAAUUGAUGGAUCAAACGACGGUGAAACUAUUCCUUUUGAAUUGAUUAAAGAGUUUCCCUUGAGUAUUGUUUCAUUGGAAACUACUGUGGUUAAGACUGCUUUAUUUGGUGAUGGAGCUGAUUCUGAAACUGAAUUUUAA